AUAAUUUUCAAAUACAAAUUCUCUGACAUUCUGGUAUAAUAAAGUUUGUCUUCUUUAUUUAAAGUUACAUUUUAACUUUUCCACACAAGUAUAGUUUUGUUUGACUGACUUGUUUCCAUCUUGUUUUAGGUCUGAGAGAAGAUGAAGGUCUAUCACAGUCUGUCUGAGAACAUGUUGACAGUCAACAUGUUACUGAGUGUCUUCUUUCUUUCAGGUGUCUCUGCUGAUCGUUGUGAUGGACACACACCUACCUUUGUCAUUACAACACCAAAGUCCAUUGCAGCACUGAAUGGAUCUUGUUUGCAAGUCCCAUGUAGCUUCACAGUUCAAGUAGCAGAAAAUGAUUUUAACAGUGGAGGACAAACCUCUGCAGCCUGGAUUCCAAGUAGUCGGAGUAUUUUUGACAUCAGUCAGGGAUUUAAUAACGAUCAAAUAAAUAUUACUGGAAACAUAAAACAGAGAAACUGCACCACUGUGUUUUCUGAUAUAAAGAUGACACAAGACACUGAAUACUUCCUGAGAAUUGAGAAGGGUAAAUUCAGGGGAACAGGUUGUUCUAUUCCUCUUCAGUUUACAGUUCAAGAUUAUCCAGAGAAACCCAGAAUUGAACCUGAUCUGAAAGAUCUGAAGGAGAAUCAGUCUGUCACUGUAACCUGCUCAGCUUUCACUCCCUGUCCACACUCACCUCCUGAACUCACCUGGAAUCUCCAACAAGACUCUCUCAGACAAACAGAGGAAACCACAGACGGAACCUUUUCAACUAAAAUCCAGGAGAACAUCACUCUGUCAGACACACAUGAUGGAUACAACAUCAGCUGUUCUGCCAGAUAUCCUGUGAUUGAAGGAAACAAGACAGCAGAGACAGAAGUGACUCUCAGUGUUUCCUAUGCUCCUAAAGACACCUCAGCAUCCAUCAGUCCAUCAGGUUUGGUGUCAGCAGGUAGCUGGGUGGAGCUGAGCUGCUCCAGCAGAGCCAAACCUCCACCCAGCUUCACCUGGUUCAGGAUCAGUGAACAUGGAGACAUUAAUGUAUCUGUGGGGAAAGUUUACAGCUUCAAUGUUACUGAGGGAGGAAAGUAUUACUGUGUGGCCACAAAUGAUCUGGGUAAAAACAGAUCAUCUGCGAUCAUAGUUACCAUUAAAGGAGGAACCUUUUCAUUUUGGAUUGCACUUAUUGCAUCAAUCGCUGUCAUUUUGCUCAUCUGCCUGGUGAUUUGUGUUUGGUGUUUUAAGUUCAAACAUCCAACUCCACAGCGGACUCAGACUCGAGCGGAGACGGAGGUUCAAAUGCCAGACAAAAAGCCAGAAGAAGAAAUCCACCAUGGUGAAGUGACCUUCGUCCCGAGGAGACCUGAAGUCUCUGCCGUCUCAGUGCAGGACAGUGGACAGCAGGACUUGGUGUACGCUUCGGUCAAAGUGUCUGCUGAUUGUUCUGAGGAUCUCUACGCUCAAGUGAAGAAAAAGUAACUUAUGAUG